AUGGCGGGGGAGAUGGAGACUGACGGAAGCACAGCAGCAGGAGCAGCAACAGGAGCAGCAGCAGCUGCAUACGUGUCUCCUUGUGCUGUCCCUUUACUUGAGGGCAAGGCCUUCAGGAGGGCCCUGCGAUUAAUAAAGGGUGUUGCUGCAACAGAGCGUCUGAGCCGCGCUCGUUCAAAGGGGGAGAAUAAAGAGGGAGAAAAGGAUAAAAGCAGAGACCAAAAGGCUGAGCAAGAACGAAAAGGGAGAAGGCCUUUAAAGCUGCUACAGCGGGGUGUACACGAAGUAACGAAGGCUAUACGCUAUGCAUUCGGCUCGAAGAGACCAGCUAGCGUUAUUAUGUUAGCUCCCCCCCCAUCCGGAGCUGUACAUACACCCCAAGACACUCAAGAAGAAACAACAGAAGACCUAGAAGAGAUGUACAACAAACUCGAAAAAAUCAUCCGCAAAAACCACCCCUAUAUGUAA